CAACAGCUCACUCAGCAGAGGAACUCAUGGCUCACACUACAUUCUCCCACCACUGCCUCUUUGCCUUCGAGAGCAUGGGGCAGACAAAGAGGCAAGUCUGUCUGACUUCAGAGGCAUUGAAAUACUGGAAUGGAUCUGUAAUGUGGUGCACACCAUGCUUAGAUUGAUGAACUCCACACUUUUACUAUGGUGAACCACCUCUAAGCAAUUGAUAUUCUGCGCCUGGCAAGAAGAAAGGACCAACAAACAUGCCAACCUAAACUCAUUCAAGGAAGCUUUUCACUCGAGGAGAAGUUCUGAGAUUAUCUACAACAGGAGCUUUGGUAUAUUCACUGCAGAAAUGAACACAGAGAACAAAACUUGUAGUAAGAUUCUGAACUUGAAGGAUAAUGGGAGCCCGGUCAUCAGUGCGAUGAUGUUCGCAGCUGGAGUGCUCGGGAACCUGGUUGCGUUCAUUCUCCUGGAGUUCCGCAGGAGGAAAGAGAAGAACCGGCAGAGGCAAUCUCUGUUCCAUUUGUUGGUGACCACGUUGGUCAUUACGGAUCUAAUGGGAACCUGCUUGAUCAGUCCCCUGGUGCAGAUUGCAUACUCAACCAACAUCACACUGGUUGGGUUGAGCGAGUCUCCUCCUGCUCCUGUGUGUCAAUAUUUUGGAUUUGCAAUGACUUUCUUCAGUCUUGCGACACUUUCCAUCCUCCUCGCCAUGGCACUGGAGAGGUGCAUCUCCAUCGGGUACCCGUACCACUAUGGGAGGCACGUCACCAAGCGCUGUGGAUACAUCACCAUCCCUUGCAUUUAUCUAGCCUGCUUUCUAUUCUGCUUGAUGCCGUUUGCAGGCUUUGGGAAAUAUGAACAAUACUGUCCCGGGACGUGGUGUUUUAUUGCCAUGAAUCCAACUGAGCCUGAGGACAAGGCUUAUGCCAACGUUUAUGCCACCGUGUUGCUGGUUAUUAUUAUAGUUAUAGUGGCGUGCAACUGUUUUGUAGUGUAUCAUCUGGUGUUAAUGUACCGGAGGCGCAAAAUGAACCGAGGAUCGGUGCAGACCCGGAGUAAAAGAGACAGGAGGUACUUCUCAUGGGCAGAGGAGGUGGAACAUCUCAUUCUUCUGGUCGUCAUGACAGUCAUAUUUGUCAUUUGUUCCCUGCCAUUAAUGAUCCGCGUGUACAUCAAUUCCUUGGUACAGCCUGAAAACUACAAGACUGAUCUAAUAGCUCUGCGGUUCCUCUCGGUCAACUCCAUCAUUGACCCCUGGGUGUUCAUCAUCCUCAGCCCCUCGGUUCUGCGCUUCUUCUGGGGGGCGCUGUGUAAGACCACCUUAAUGCCCUCCAGAAACUCUUUGUUUAAAACGUCCAUUUCCAAGAACCCAGCAGACCAAACCGAGCUGUACCAAACUGGUUCCACCUAUGUGGAGAGCACACAUCUCAAGUCUGUUCAGAUGAUCUGACAAUGAAGACAGAUGAAGACAAUGAUGAUGUACUGGAUGGAUCCAUCUAAAAAUCGAUAUGCUUUGGAAGGCAAGGCUCAUCGAGGUUUAAAGGGUUAGUUCACCCACAAAUGAAAAUUCUGUCAUUAAUUACUCACCCUCAUGUCGUUCCACACACGUAAGACCUUUGUUCAUCUUCAGAACACAAAUUAAGAUAUUUUUUGAAAUCUGAGAGUCUAUGACUCGUCCAUAGACAGCAAUUUAACUGACGCUUUCAAGGUCCAGAAAAGUAGUAAAGACAUCAUUAGAAUAGUCCAUGUGACUACAGUGGUUCAACCUUGUUUUGAAGCGAUGAGAAUACUUUUUGCACGCAAAAACAAAACAAAAAUAACGACUUUAUUCAACAAUCUCUUCUCUUCCCUGUCAGUCUCCUACGCUGUUUACGUAGUAAACACAUUGCAGUGCUUCCGUGUUCUACGUCAGAACGUUUUGUUUUUGCGCACAAAACGUAUUUUUGUCAUUUCAUAAAAAUAAGGUUGAACCACUGUAGUCACAUGGACUAUUUUAACAAUGUCUUUAGAACCUUUCUGGGCCUUGACAGUGGUAAUUAAACUGCUGUCUAUUGAGGAUUCAGAGAGCUCUUGGAUUUCAUCAAAAAUAUCUUAAUUUGUGUUCUAAAGAUGAACGAAGGUCUUACGGGUGUGGAACGACAUGAGGGUGAGUAAUAAAUGACUGAAAUUUCAUUUUUGGGUGAACUAACCCUUUAAAGUUCUUUAAUAGUAUUUCAAUCAAUCAAUCAGCCAAUCAGUAUCUAUCUAUCUAUCUAUCUAUCUAUCUAUCACCAACCCAUCCAUCCAUCCAUCCAUCCGUCCAUCCAUCCAUCUAUAUUUGAACAUCUUAACGGAUCCAUCAGCCAUUCCACUGGCGACCUGGUUUAUUUGUUGAUCUAAAAAUGGAUUCAGAAACCCCCUGGGGUUGUUUAACUGAGAUAAAGCCAACUAUGAGGUCAAAGGGAUAAGUUAUGUUCCCUUGACCACUAUUGCUUUGAGACCAGGGGCCCUGUCAACUGCGAACGCCAGAAGAAAAAUAUUUAAGGCAUGUUCAGUGGGCGUUCAAUCAUAGAGGAUUUUCAAAUGGCACGUUCUCCAAUGCAGUCUGUCACUUUGGACUCCUUUGUUAUCAAGUGUAUUAUGUGAUGUGGUUUCCUGUAUUUCAAGUCAAGCAGUUCUUCAAAUGUUACAUAUGAAAGGUGUCUGCUUGUAUUUAUAAUUCCAACAUAUUUAUUGUGCUUUAAUUUAUGUUGAUACAACUAUAAGUCAAUGACAUAUAUGUGUCUUCAUAAUAUGUAGGCUGAUUCAGUAGUAAUCAGUCAUUUCUUUCAUGUGAGAGAUUCCGAUUGUACAUAAUUGUACAUAAUGAUAGUAUAAGCAUAUAAGCAUGACGACAUGAAUGGUGCCGUUCGGUAGCUACAGACCUGUUCUUUGUCUCAAGAGAUUUGUUUUUCUGUGCCUUUGAAGGUCUUGAAUGUAUUUGUGAAAUAAUGUGACUCUUGUGUUAUAUAUGCAUGUAAUUUAUGUUGAAGUGUUGUGAAAUUGUCUGUAACAUUGUAAUCAAGUCAUAGCCAUCCAGAUCCACUGCAAAAAUGAGCAAAUCAAUAGGAGAUUGGAGUCUGGAGCAGGAUUGUGCGUCACAUUUAAUUUCCAAUUCAUUUUGAAUUUCAAUGUUUAUUGUUAACUAGAAAAGUUUGUCAAGACAAAAUCUUGUGUGUGGUUUGACAAAGUCUUUAAGUUUGAAGGUUUAUAGGCCUUAUGGACAGAGAAAGAAAAUAUUUUUCAAUUCUGAAUUUUGCCCAAACCUGCUCAGGACUCAUGUCUCUUGAUAAAAAAAGAAAUAAAGCAUGCAUACUUCCCCUGAAGCCAUAAAUAAGUAUGCAAACACUCAAAUGCUUGUCAAGCGUAUUGCACAUGUUCCUGUUGUACAUACAUAAUGUUCUUGCAUUACAGUGCUGUGAUAAACCACGGGACUCUAGGGGUAGAUAGCUACCUUAUCAUGUGUUUUAUUCAAGUUACUAGUUCCUCUACAUGUUUAUCAAAUUUUAACUAACUUGCUUAGCAAAUUUUUUCUUCAAACUGUUGCUCUGCUAUGGCAGUAACUGACCUGCGACCUUAGAAAAAAAACUGCUGGUAGUAAUGACACAUUUCUGAAUGCUAUUAUGUUCGAAAGUAUGUGAAGUUUGUCUUUUGAGCCUCAGGCCGCCUACCUACGUAAUUUCUGACAGACAGGAAUGUCUAACGUGUUUAAGGGUGUGAAAGGAGCCAUGCUAGUUUGACAUUAAAUCCACUAACUUUUUCCAUUGAUGAACAGAUGCCAACGUCAGAUUCUGCUCACAUAAUGCAGAGUUUCCCAAACCAGGGGUCACAAACCAUUGUAGGUUUGUGACAGAACUGCAGGGAGUGAAAAGCUAAUAAUACUGUACAUUAAAUCAGAAAAAUGUAAACUUAAAAUAAAUACAUUUAAAUAAAAAAAAUAAUAAAAAACAA